AUGCCAUCGUUGUUCACUCGAAAGAAAUCUACCAACGCACCGACUACUACACCCUCGCCAGCAUCGGCAUCCACCAGCCCACCACCACCGGAGCCUGUGCAAUCGCCGACUUCGCCGGAGAAAAGAGAUCGGGCUCGAUUAGUGAAGGACCGCGAGAAAGACAAACGGCCAAAGUCGCCAAGGAACAGUAAAAGCUACUCUCGACCAGGAGGCCGACGACGACCUUCAGACUCCGAGCAUCCGCUCAACUUCCACCCCGACGAUCCACGCCGGCUGAGCGCCCUCUCAGCCAUGAGCAGCCCACCCGAUAAGGACGGAGGGGUUGGCAUCAACUCGGAUCCGAUGGAGACUACGCCUGUGCCCGAGACUCCCGGAGCAUAUCCACAAAGCAAUGGCACGAACGGCGACGGUCACGACGAGCAGGAGAAUGUGCCUGUGCCGCCACCGCACAAGACACCCACGACUCCGCCUGCACCUGUGAGAUCACCGGAGGAGGCUGAGGCAUUCAAGGCGCAGGGAAACAAGCUCUACAAGGCCGGGCAGUAUGACAAGGCGAUUGCUGAGUAUACCAAGGCAAUCGAGGCCGACCCCGAAGCAUCCACCUACCUCUCCAACCGAACAGCAGCAUACAUGGCAGCAGGCAAAUGGCUACGGGCACUAGACGACUGCAAGCAGGCGGACGAGCUCGAACCAGACAAUGCCAAAAUCAUGCAUAGGCUGGCGAAGAUCUACACCGCACUUGGACGACCAGGGGAAGCGUUGGAUGUCUACGAUCGGAUACAACCGACUGCGACCGCCAAGGACAGGAAAGCGGCGCAGGACAUGUGGCAUCAUAUUGAGCAGGCGCAGGACAGCAUCAAAACAGGUACGUCAGGUUCUAUGGUUCUACACGCACUCGAUCAGGCAGAGAAGGGACUCGGGAUUGCGGUAUCUGCACCACGGAAAUGGAAGUUGCUGCGAGGAGAAGCAUAUCUGAAGAUGGGCAAUGUAAAUAGUCUUGGCAGUGCACAGAAUCUUGCUAUGGAUCUUCUACGGGCGAAUAGUGCGGAUCCUGAGGCUUUGGUGUUGCGAGGACGAGCGUUAUACACCCAAGGCGAGAACGAAAAGGCCAUUCAGCACUUCCGACAGGCUCUGAACUGCGACCCGGACUUCAAGGACGCUGUGAAGUAUCUACGGAUGGUACAAAAGCUAGACAGAAUGAAGGAUGAAGGCAACACCCACUUCAAAGCCGGCCGGUACCAGCAGGCGGUAGAGCUAUACACCUCCGCUCUUGAAGUCGACUCUCAGAAUCGCGGCACCAACUCCAAGAUCCUCAACAACCGUGCAAUGUGCUACUCGAAAAUGAAGCAGUGGUCAGAAGCACGAGAAGACUGCGACAAAGCCAUUGCCCUUGAUCCAAGCUACAUUAAAGCUAAGAAGACACGGGCAAAAGCGCUGGGUGAGAGCGGGAACUGGGAGGAAGCGGUACGCGAAUACAAGAGCAUCGCCGAGCAGAACCCAGAAGAACCUGGUAUCGCGCGAGAUGUGAAGAAUGCAGAAAUGGAGCAAAAGAAGAGCAAAAGAAAGGACUACUACAAGAUCCUCGGUAUCGAGAAAGAUGCUGGUGAGACAGAGAUCAAGAAAGCUUAUCGCAAGAAAGCGGUUAUAUACCAUCCGGACAAGAAUAUCGGGAACGCGGAGGCGGAGGAGAAGUUCAAGGAUAUUCAGGAGGCGCAUGAGUGUCUUAUUGAUCCGCAGAAGAGGGAGAGGUAUGAUAGUGGGAUUGAUCUGAUGGAUCCUAAUGAGCAAUUUGGCGGGGGCGGCAUGGGCGGCGGGUUUGGAGGAAUGGGCGGUGGUGGUGGGAUGCAGAUUGAUCCGGAAAUCUUGAUGCAGAUGUUCGGGCAGCAGGGUGGAGGUAGAGGCGGAGGUGGGGGCUUUGCUUUCGGAGGCGGAAGUCCUUUCGGUGGCGGUGGAGGCAGAGGGUUCCCGGGUGGAAGUCCGUUUGGUUGA